UCUAAAGCUGUUACGUCACAUGACGAAAAAAUGAUACAAUCGGGAUAUUUUUUGCAUAGUCGGGGCACCUUGCUUGCUUCAUAGUGACAAUGGCAGAGAAUUUGUGAAUCAAGUAAUUACUAGCCUUGCAGAUAUAUUUCAAGCGAAAAUAAUUCAUGGUAAACCACGUCAUUCUCAAAGCCAAGGGUCCAUCGAGAGAGCGAACCAAGAUGUAAGAGACAUUUUAAUUACUUCGAUGCAGGAAAAUGAGACAACUAAGUGGGCAGAAGGUCUAAGAUUUGUGCAAUUAAAAAAGAAUAGAUCAUUUCACCGAGGCAUCCAACGUACUCCAUACGAGGCUAUGUUUGGCAUCCCACUUGUUAAUGGCUUAAAAGAUUCAAAUCUUCCGCUUGAAAUUGUAGAGAAGUUACACGAUGAGGACGACAUUUAUAGAUUAGAAAGCAGUGUUGGUAGAAACAUAGAACAGGUAGUAUCUGAAAAAUCAGAUUCAGAAUUUCAAAACAGUGAUGGAGGAAAUGAAAAAGAUGUACAAGAAAGCUUUCCCAUAAAUUAUUCCAAAAAUGAUGAUGUUGAGGAAGAAUUGUUGAGGAACAACGAAAUCCGAUUAAAAUCAAUAAAUCAACAUCGAUCUCAUAGUAUUGCAUGUUUAAAAAAGCAAGCAACAGAAAUGUUACAGCAAAGUUGUUCCAAAUUCCCAAAAAUUGAAAUUGGGCAGAACGUUUUAGUUAAGAUUCCUGAUGUCGACAGAGGACGCUUAGCUCCUCGUAACAUUUUGGCUGUUGUAUUGUCCGAGAAAGAUGAUUUAUACCAACUUGGUACAUCAACUGGCGUCUUGGAAAAACUAUAUGCAAGGAAUGAGUUCCAGCCUUCUCAAACGAACUCAUUGACAUCUUCAGAUGUACCCAUCGAAAAUAAACUCAGUUUGCGAACGGUGGCGGCAAAAGAAUCAAAUUCUUCCCAGGGGUUUGUAAGAUGUAACUGUCGUAAACAGUGCAGUAAUAAAAAGUGCAAAUGCUUAUUAAAGAACUUGAAAUGUAACAGUAAAUGUCAUUCAAGUACUUCAUGUCGCAAUAAGUAAUAAAAUAAAUAUUAUGUUAGUUCCUACA